AUGGACAUCAGGCGCUUCUUCGCACCCACUGCUUCUAAAGCUGCGGUGCAAAAACCAGCGCCUGAUGAUAAAAAUAACAUCAAAGAGGAAAAGAGGACAUAUAGUGUAUCUUCAGAUGAGGAGGUGAAGAACAAAAAAAAGACAAAGGUUUCAAAAUCGGGGGAAAAGAAGAAAAUUAUUGAGAAAAAACGCAAGAAACAUGCAGUAAUAGCUUCGGACUCUGAAGAAGAGAAAUCUGUGAAGCCAAAGAAGUCUCCUAAAGUGAAACAGAAGGAAAAGCAACCUCUUAAAAAAGAUCCAGUUCAAUAUGUUUCAGAAACAGAUUCAGACGAUGACAACUUUAUUACCUUGAAGAAGGGAUCUAAAGCUAAACAGAAUGGACUUGGAGAAACAGAAAAUAUGUUAGUGACAAAAAAGGGCACCAAGUCUCCCAUAGAGUCUUCAAAUACAGUGAAAACAGUCCUGAAGUCUCCCGUCACCCCAAAAGCAGCUCCGCCUCCUAAACCUAAACAAACUCCAACUUCAGUCUUUGACUAUUUCGGCAGCGGGGCCAUUCAGCGUUCCGAGAAGAAGCUUGUGGCAAGUACUAAGAGAAAGACUCCUGUCGAGGAUACGGGUGAUCUUAGUGAUGAGCUAAUUGCAAGACAGCUCCAGAUGGACGAGGACAUGGAGCUUGAAAGGCAGGUUCAUGAGGAUGAAGAGUUUGCCAGGACCCUUGCUAUUUUGGAUGAAGAACCAUUGGCCAAAAAACCUCGUAAAAGUCCUGGUAAUGGGAGCUCAACAAAAACUACAGAAUCUGCUUCAGGUUCUAAAAGCAGUCCAAUAAAGAGACCGAUGGAAAGCUUGUCAGAUGAUGUUAUUGCGCCGUCACCGAAGAAGAGCCCGGUCAAAACCAGCUCUAAACUUGCACUGAUGAAGAAGAAAGAUGACGAAAAUUCAAAGAAGAAAACAAUUGUUUCACCUCAAAAAAUGAUCUCGCCUAAAAAGGAAAGGGCGCCCUCUCCAAUUCCAGAGAAAAAAACCUCUCGUAUCAUCUCUCCAAAGAAGACAGAGAGUACAUCUACAAGUCCAGAAGACCCUGACAAGAAGAAGGUCAAUGCUUCAGCUUUCAGGAACUACCUUAACCGUGACGGCCCAAGGGCUCUAGGCUCAAAAGAAAUCCCACAAGGAGCAGAGAAUUGCCUGGAAGGUUUUGUGUUUGUGAUAACAGGAGUACUAGAGUCCAUGGAGAGGGAUGACACUAAAGCACUUAUUGAACGUUAUGGGGGGAAGGUUACAGGCAACGUCAGUAAAAAGACGAACUACCUUGUCCAGGGGCGAGACAGCGGAGUUUCGAAGGUGGAAAAGGCUGAAAGCUUUGGUACAAAGAUCUUGAAUGAAGAUGAUUUGUUUGAACUCAUCAGGACAAAGCCUGGGAAGAAGUCGAAGUAUGAGAUUGCUGCAGAGGCGGAGGCUAAAGCAUCCAAGACCAAGACUAGAACUCCACAAAAUCAAGGAAAGAGUACUCCCAAAUCCCAGAAAAUUUCUCCUUCAAAAGGCAACUCCAGAUCUCCUCAAACUCCCAGCCCGUCCAAAACCAGCCUGUCCCUGGCCCAUAGUGCUCGGGUGGGCUCAUCAGCAACACCGUCUGGAAGAGGUUCUGGCCAGACUGCUCGGAGAGACCUGGGUCUUUCAUCAUCUUCUCCCCAAGACUCUUCAUUACCAUCAUUUUCGGGGCAAGGGGCCAGUUUGCUCUGGGUUGACAAGUAUCGCCCGCAAUCUCUCAAAACUGUCAUCGGACAACAAGGUGACCAGAGUUGUGCCAACAAACUGAAGCGCUGGCUGCAAAACUGGCACAAAAGCCACAGUGGCUCAACAAAGCCAGCAGUGGCAAAGUUUGGCAAAUUUGGAAGCGGAAAAGAUGAUGGCUCAACGUUUAAAGCAGCUCUCCUUUCUGGACCUCCAGGAGUGGGGAAGACAACCACAGCAGUCCUCGUUUGUGAGGAACUGGGCUACAGCUUUGUGGAGAUGAAUGCUAGCUGUACUCGUAGCAAAAACAGUCUGAAGGAAGUUGUUGCGGAGUCGCUCAAUAACACAAGCAUUGAAGGCUUUUAUAAAGGCACGUCACAAAAAGUUAGCAGUAAGCAUGUUCUCAUAAUGGAUGAGAUCGACGGCAUGGCGGGAAAUGAAGACCGCGGAGGCAUACAGGAAAUGAUUGGCCUCAUCAAAACGUCAAAGGUCCCUAUAAUUUGUAUGUGCAAUGAUCGCAACCAUCAAAAGAUUCGUUCCCUUGCCAACUAUUGUUUUGACCUGCGAUUCCAAAGACCUCGAGUAGAACAGAUUAAGGCAGCAAUGAUGUCUGUAGCUUUCAAAGAGGGAAUAAAAAUCCCUCCCCCGGCUCUCAACGAAAUUAUUCUUGCAUCUAACCAGGAUGUGCGACAGGUACUUCACAACCUUAGCAUGUGGUCGGCCAAGGACAAAGUGAUGACUUAUGAUCAGUGCAAAUCUGAUGCAGCCAAUGCCCGAAAGGACAUGAAACUAGGUCCAUUUGACGUCUGCAGAAAAGUUUUUACUUCUGGAGAAGAGACAGCUCAUAUGAGCUUAAUCGACAAGUCAGACCUCUUCUUUCAUGACUACUCUCUAGCUCCACUUUUUGUUCAGGAAAACUACCUCCAUGUUCGCCCUGCUGCUGCAGCUGGUGAUCUCAAAUCUCAUUUGGUGUUGAUCAGUAAAACCGCUGACUCAAUCUGUGACGGAGACCUUGUUGACAGAAUGAUACGUUCUCGACAGAAUUGGUCACUGUUACCAACACAGGCCAUUUAUGCCAGUGUGUUACCUGGAGAACUGAUGCGAGGCUACAUGGGUCAAUUCCCCUCUUUUCCAAGCUGGCUCGGUAAAAACUCAUCUACCAGUAAACAUUCCCGCAUUGUGCAAGAGCUCUCCUCUCACAUGAGCUUAAAAACGCAGAGCAGCAAACAGUCCGUAAACCUGGAUUAUCUUCACUACUUGCGAACAACACUUUUAAACCCGCUUCAGAAGUACGGAGCAGAGGGUGCAGGACAAGCUGUGCAGCUCCUGGACGACUACCAGCUCGUCAGAGAAGAUGUGGACAGCAUCAUGGAGAUCAGCGUCUGGGGCGGUCAGCCUGAUCCCUACUCCAAACUUGACUCAAAGGUGAAGGCAGCAUUUACACGUGCAUAUAACAAAGAGGCCCACCUCACCCCGUACUCCUUGCAAGUGGUUAAAAAGGGCCGACGUGGAGGAGGAGGGGGGGAGGGGUUGCUUGGCGAGGACAUGGAAACUGAAGUGCGAGAGUCAGAAGAUGAGGGAGACAACCUCCAAACUGAUGCUAUGAUCAAACAAAAGAAGGCUAAAUCAACAAAGGAAACAAAGAACAAGAAGACUGAAGUUUCUGGUAAAGGCAAAGGAAAGGGCAAGAUGAAAAAAUAA